AUGACUGAAGGCGGCGGCAAGGGCUUUUCAAGGGCUCGGUCGAUAAAUAACAGAAGGUUCGACUUUGCAGUCCUCGGGAAUGGCGCUCAACCAUUCACCAUGACCCUUCGUAGGCUCCUGCUAUGGCUAACCCCGAGUUUUGCCUCGAGAGCGAGAGCCGCGAAGACAUCGACAUCGAGCUCGUCUGACAAGAUAUCCGCGCUCGAUGGCCUUCGAGGUAUUGCAUGUCUUAUCGUCCUCCACGAACACUGGACGUGUGCCGUCGAUGAUCCCUGGCGACCGUAUGCUAUGCCCGACCUCGCCACUGGCUUCAUGUGGAAACCUUUCGUUAUCCUCUUGUGGGGCGGAGAGGCCAUGGUCAACCUGUUCUUCGUGAUAUCAGGCUAUGUGCUUUCCUGCAAACCGCUGGGAUUGCUGUAUUCCUCCGGCCCUCAAAUGAUGUACGAAUGUAUCGCAUCCUCAAGUUUUCGCCGGGCCUUCCGCCUCAUGCUUCCCACCGUGGCGGCGGUAGUGAUGAUUGCCACCUUGACGCAGAUGCGAGCUUUCGAACCGGCAAGGUACGUAUGCAACGACCUCAACGCGGCGCAGAUCGAGGCGUUUGACGCACAGAACAACGUGACUCAAAUGAUCGAGGCCGGCAUCCUGGAUGUGGACCCUCAGCCUCGUCUCAUGCGAGAAGAACCUCCACCACUUUCCGAGACCUUCUUUGCACAGGUCUCAGAUGUCGGUACCGAGGUCUACAUGCUCGCCAGAGGUUCAGUGCCUGGAGAGCCGAGUCAACAUGACUACUUUGUCUAUGACGCGCACGUCUGGACCAUUCCCGUCGAACUAAAGUCGAGCAUGGCCAUUUUUAUGCUCAUGGUGGGAACAUCAAUGCUCACCAGCAGAUGGCGGCUCUUCUUCCACGGGGCCAUCGCACUGUUCUGUGCCACGCAGGAAUAUCGGAGUAUCUGUCUGUUCGUUGGUGGCAUGAUCAUCGCCGAGCUUGACCUGGUUCGAAAGCAUUCUGGACGCCCAGCACGGGGCCCCAUCAUCGGAAAUGACCAGUCACUGUCGCCGUCGCCGCUGCCCAACAAGAAUUUAGAGUGGCUCCGGCAACCGGAUGUGGUGUCGGCAGCUUGGGGCCUCUGUUUUGUUGUCGGCCUGUAUAUCCUCUCCAUCCCCCUCGUCGAGCCCGUCACGACCCCGUCAUAUGCGUUCCUGGCCCGUCUUCUCCCAACGUACAUUGUCGAAAAGAACCGGCUGAUCCGACUGUUCGGUGCGGUGGUAACGACGUGGGCGUGCAUCAACUCGGACAUUGUCUCGCCCAUCUUCAACAACGAAGUCGCCCAAUAUCUGGGCCGAAUCUCCUUUGCCCUCUACCUCACGCAUGGCAUGUUGAUCCGGUCGUUGGGCUAUGUGGUCAUCGGGCGUCUGCGGUCUCUGACGGGGGCCUACGUCCGCGAGGACACUUCACUGGCGCAGUUCAUGUUCAUCUGGUUGUUCGGCUAUGUCCUGAUGCUGCCGUUCUUUCUGUGCGUGGCCGACCUGUUCUGGAGGACCAUCGAUGUUCCCUCGGUCAAACUGGCCCGAGACAUCGAACGGCGUCUGCGGCGCCACCAGAAUCAUCAUCAUCAGCAGCAGCAGCAGGACUGGUGGCCAGGGAAUAAGAUCCCCUGA